GAAUGGAUCAAUCCCAGCAGAAUUAUUUACGGAUUGUGGCAGUUGUUUACGGACCAGGUGUAAAUGCAGUUCGUUCUUACUUCGACAGAUGCUUUCCACCUAAUUUGCUAAACAUUCAGCUUUCAAACGUGUUAAGAAAAGGACUUGAAGCUCUGAAACAAAAGAAAGUUCUGAGUAACGCUCAGUGGAAUAUCUUAUUUCCAGCAAAUGGCAGUGCUUGUUCAGCUACGUUUGAUCUUGCGCUAAUGACGCUUUUGCUACGACAUUUUCAUAUCAAGAAGGAACCCAAGGAUGGAUACGACAGGCUUCCAGGGGAAGAAGAUCAAACGCCUGCUGCUGAUUUGGCUAGGAUAAAGUGUUAUAGAAAUGCCAUAGCGCAUUCAAAGGAUGGAACAAUUGAUGAUGAAAGUUUUAAAGAUGUGUGGAAACAGUUAUACGAUGUAGUAGACAGAUUAGGCAGUGCUGUUUUAAAACAACAAUGCGAAUUAUUAGGAAUGGCAGAUUUGAACAUGGCAUAUAAGUCUCAAUGUGAAGAACUUUCUAGAAAUAUUACAACAUUGAAAGAACAUGUAGCAGCGCUUGAUUCUCAGCAAGACCAACUGGCUGGUGAUUCGAUGCAACAAAAAACAAUUUCAAAAGAAAAUAAGAACAUGAUUAAAGAAAUCAUAGACGAUAUUAAAAUGCAGGAACAGGCGACCCGUAUUCUGGAGGAACGUAUGAAAAUUCAACUGGACGACAUUUCAAAACGCCUUAAUUCAAAGCAAAGUACUAUUCCUCGUAAUGUGGAAGCAAAAAUAGUGCGCCAGAUAAAAACUUGGAUAGAAGACGAACAGAGUUAUGUUAUUAUUGAAGCUGCAGUUGAUGCAUUUGAUCUUCUUAAGACGCAUUCUUCCUUAACAGUUGCAGGAAACGCAGGUAGCGGAAAAACUGCUUUCAUAAGACAUUUAGCACUACGUUUUAUGUCACAAGGCUAUGAAAUAGUUCCAGUUAUAGAGCCAAAAACAAUUGUAGACUACUAUGACGAAACCAUAAAGCAAGUUUUUAUUCUGGAUGAUGCAUGUGGGGUGCAUACAAUAGAUGGGAGGAAACGCAUGUCUUGGUUGGAUUAUGGUCAGAUAAUCCAAACUUGUUUGUUGCAAUCUGGCUCUCUGCUGUUAGUUUCAGUAAGGCUUUCUAUACUCAACAGCGAACUUUUUGAGGAUCUGAAAGUUUUGUCACAAAACGUGAUUAAUUUAAAAGAUAAAAAGUACGCACUGUCCUAUAUAAACAGACAAGACAUCUUUCAAUCAUAUUUCAAGAGGGAUCAUAAAAAACUCGGUAUAACUGACAAAUCUUUACUAAUGCACGAUUCAUUUCCUUUGCUAUGUCGAUUGUCUUGUCGUUCAUUUCUAACAGUGGCAGACAACAAAGUCACUUUGCUCACAAAAUCAUACAACGACAUUAAAGAUUUAGAUUUUUUUUUUCAAACUCCUAUUCAAGUAAUUGAGAGCGAAGUGAAAGCCAUGAGAAUUGAUUCACCAAUUAGUUAUUGUCUUCUAGUACUUUGCUUACUUUUUAACGGUAAAUUGCCAAAGCUGGAUCUUUCCUUCUCAAACAGACAUAAAAAUCUAUUUGAAGAUUGUUAUAGUGUAUGUGGAUUGAAUAAAGGGACUCCCAUCAAAGAUCUCACUGAUAUAGCUAAAAAUUUGACAGAUGUAUAUCUAAAAGAAGUUGAUGGUACACUUGUAUUCAUACAUGACAUUAUCAUGGAUAUUGUGUCAGUUUGCUUUGGGGAGCAAUCCCCAGAUAUCAUUCUCAAAUAUGCUGACAUAGAGGUCAUAAUUAACAGAGUGCUAUUGAAAAAUAUAAAUACUGAAACAACUGGGUAUAAAGUUUUAAUCCCAGAAUAUUAUCACGUCGAUUUUUUUCAUAGACUUUAUAAAGAAAUUGGAAAAGGAAAUGCUUGGCAGAUUUUCAAUCACUGCCAGUUAGAAAUUCAAUGGGUUCAAAAAUCAUUGACAAACUAUUUUGAAACAAAAAGUGAUGAUGAAUUGCGGUAUAUAUUUUUUCAAGUUGAAGACAAACAAAGGGACCAUUAUCAGAAACUCAAUUUGAAACUUAUGGACAUGUGGGCCCAAGCGCUAGAUACAAAACCGGUUAAAUUAGAAUGUCAUACAUUACUUGAAUUGAUUGUAAACAAUGCAUUCCAUUGGCUCCUUGGAAAAGGUCUUUUUAGAAUAAUAACGUUGUUAGAGAGAAGGGUAUGUGGCGAAGUAUACAAGGAAUUGAAAGCUGACAGCUUGUGCACAUUUAUCGCUAUUUUAGGAGGAAACCUUAAAAUCUAUUCUUGGAUAUUGAAUAUUAAAGAUGUUGGUAAACUAUGGCAAAAUUUGAAGAAUAUAAUGUUCAGAAAUAAACAGUUAAAGGGCGAUUUUCAAUGGGCAUUGAUGACAGGUCAAACAGAUAUCGUGGGGUAUCUUAUUAGCAAAGAAUUAUGUCCAACCUGCAUUAACGAAUCGAUAACACCUUAUGACAUGCUUAAAAUAAUCGCAAAACUAUUCAGAUUUUCGGUUUAUAAAGUAAGAAUAAUAUUGUUCUUGAGUAAACUGGUGGUAAAACUAUCAAAACUAAUUCGGAAAUACGGACGGAUUAACUAUAAUCUUGAAAAUUUACUGUUUUACUCAGAAUUAGCAUGCACUUUGUUCUAUACUGAAGACGAAAGUUUUAAUCAUUUGAUAUUGAAGAAGUUUAAAUCUGAGAUCGAACCGAUAGUCGUAAAACUAUAUAAGCACAGAGUAGAGUUUCGGUGUUCUCGGUUUCCACUACCAGGAAAUAUUUUUGAUGAUGUGUUUGGUCGUUUGGAAGCCGAAAGAACAUACCUAGCAUUAGCGGCAAUACAUGGACAUGAAUCUGUUACAAACUUGUUAUUACUUAAAGGUGCAAAUCCAAAUAAAAUAAUUCUCCCAUCGAACAAUGUUGCAAAACUAUGCACAACAUUGCCAAUAGUUCACGCAGCAAUGUAUGGAAAAUUAGAAAUUGUAAAAAAUUUGCUUCAGUAUGGUGCUCAAAUUGAAUCAACAGGUCCUAAAGGUUGUACAUUACUAAUGCUAGCAUCUAGUUAUGGGCAUUAUAACGUAGCACAAUUCUUAUUAGAUAAACACAUUGCAAUAGAUGUUAAAAACAGUUGUCAUAACACUGCGUUGUUGUAUGCAUCGAAAAAAGGACACGCAAGUAUUGUACAACUGCUUUUGGAACAUGGAGCUAUCGUAAAUACUGUAUGUCAUAGAUCAUCAACACCAUUGAUUGAAGCUGCAAGUGGUGGCUACUUUGAAACUACCGAGAAGUUACUGCAUUACAACGCAUCUGUUAAUGCUUGCGAUAACAAAGCAAUGAACGCAUUAAUAAAAGCAUCCAUGAAUGGACAUUUUGAAAUUGUAAAACUACUUGUAACUUACCAAGCCGUUGUAAAUCUUCAAACAGACGACAACGAAACAGCGUUGACACUUGCUGCUAAAAAUGGUCAUUUGAACGUUGUGUCUUUUCUCAUGAGUUAUUCAUACCAGUGUGUAAAUGAUCAUUAUACAUCCAAGGAGGGGAAAGUAUCCGCUUUUGAAAAUGAAAACCGUGUCAAUUUUUCGCAGUUGCCGUUUUUUAUGUCACAUCUGUUUCAAAUUACCAAUGAAAGUAAUGAAGUUAAUCUAGCAUUCUUAAAUGCUUAUCGAAAUAAACACAUGAGUGUCUUGAAAUUACUUAUUGAAAAUGGUGCUGAUGUACAAAUGAAAUAUAGUGAAUCGUUGACAUUAUUAAAUGAAGCAGCGUCCAAAGGGGAAUAUGAAAUCGUCAAUUUACUUCUAGUAAAUGGAGCAUCAGUACAAAAAAGAGGAAAUUUUGGAGUUUCACCUCUGUUGUCAGCUUCGUCUGAAGACCACACUGACAUCAUCAAACUUCUGUUAAAACAUGGCUCCGAUAAAAACUCAAAAACAGAUAUGCUUCCCAUUUCCCUUACACUUUUAGAGGCCAUCUAUUGGAUUCAAGACAAUUGCAAUAAAUCUAAUUUCCAAAAUCUAACUGCAUUUAAUGAUCACAGUGCUACUGCAUUGAUCUAUGCAGCACGAAAUGAAACUUCCGAAUCAUUAGAGGUAUUAUUACAAGAUAAAAAUAUUAACAUCAAUUCUCAGACAUUCAUGGGAAGAACUGCUUUAAUGGUUGCUUGUGGUAAACAGAGCGAGGAUAUUGUAGAUUUACUACUAAAAAACAAGGCAGACGUGAACAUUGUGUCUAAAUUAGGAGCAACUAGUCUUGAUAUUGCUUCAGUUCAAAAUUGGGGAAAUGAAAAUAUAAUUAAUUCUUUGUUAAGAAAUGGAGCUCUUCAUUCUCGAGACUUGAAUUCAUUUUCAAAAAGUCAUGUGCAUGCUGUAUAUUCACGUAACGACCUGGACGAACUAUGGUUAUUUAUACGAAUCAUUGUUUUACUUUUCCUGACAAAGUAUAUACCCGUAUGCCAGUAGGCAAAAUAAUUGGGAAACACACAUUUAUAUGAAUUAACACCUUUUGAACGUGUUUUGAACAAAUAUUUACCGCCAGAUAUACUAGAAAUAGAUAUAUCAAUGAUUGAGGUUUGACAUGUACCACUGGAUAAAAAAAACAUAAGAACAGGCUGAUGACAAAUGUUAUGAGACCAUUCUAGGGGUUGUAUUUUAAGAGCACAAACAUGUUUUGGCAGUGUCUCCGUAAAUGACAUAUUUUGUGGACAUUAAAUGUUAAACAAUCUAAAUUUCAUAAAAAUACGUAUUGGGUAAAAAGCAUAAACACUCUUUCCACAUCACCUAACGCUCUCAAAAAGAGUGGUUUAAUUCAAAAUUAUAAAUGUAUACAGAGCUUAAUGGACAAAUGACUAUAUUAGUAAAAUAGAUAUUCAUGAUAUUUAUAAUUGCAGUUUGAUUAAAAUAAAAUUUGCUGGUUUCAAGAGGAAAUCUGCAAUUCAGUUAUGUUUAGGAGUAACAAAUAAUCAUUUUUUUUUCCUUUAAAAAAUGAUCAAUCAAAAGUUCAAUUUUCUAAAUGAAUUUACUGAUAUUGUAUUAAAGCAAAUAAUAUCACUUCUAUCGCUCAUCGCGUAUUUUGGGGGUGGGGGA